AUACACACCUAUACAUAUAUAUCGAACAUGGAUAACGAAGAGGAUGUCGAGCAGGAAAACGCAAACACUGAUGGAGAUGCCGAUGCGGAUGUCGAAGACGAGCCGGAGUCGGAGCCGGAAAUUGCUGAGCCCGUUGCGGUUGACAGCUGGGAAUCUUUUCAAGCCCACAUCGAUGCGCUUGUAGUCAAUAAGAAGUGCGACAAGCCGAUCCGCGUUCUGGAUGAGUGUAGGCAAAAUAUUGUAGAGGGCGUCCGCCAGAGGCAGCGGGAAAUGCCAAAAUCAUUCGCUGAGCGCGCCAUGACCCAGAUGAGCAAAAUCGAUCAACAGCUGCAUCUGUCAAGCACCCGCCUGGGCCAGCUAGUGCGCUUUGGGAAUGAGUUGGUGACCAAUAUCCGUGUGGCGAACGAAAGGCGCGAGCUGAAUCGUCGCUUAUACGAGGCCUCGCAGCAGAAGGAUAUGAAGAGGAUGUUGGAUGGCGAGAAUAUCGAGGCGAUGGCCAAGUUUGAUAAUAUCAAAGCGCGCUGGACCGAGCUGAACGAGAUCAACGAACCGAUGCUGCUCUGGGACAAGAUCGAGGAGCAAAAGAAGCGUAUUGGCGCCAUAAUGGACCGCAAGGAUCAGAUGAUAGCAGCCUGCCAGCAAGAGAUCGAGCGCAUGAACACCAAAUACGAAUUCGACAGGCAACGCCAGGCGGCGGACCUCUGCUGUCUGGUUGAGCGCAUUGACAACCAAGUGGAGACACUGAAGGAGUCGUACAAACAUCAUUUGGAACUGUUGCGCAACACCAUCGAGGACGAGCGCCAAGCCUUCUCGCUGACGGCCGACGAGAAGUGGCACUCCUUCUUCCACGCUCUGAACACCAACUUCGAGGAGAAGUCUAAGCUGGUGCGCGUACGCGAGCAGUUCUACACGCUGCAGCUGCAGCUGCUGCAGGACUCGCAGGACGAGCUAACUAAGCAGACGCGAGUGCGCCUCGAAAAGGAAUGCGAACGCCUCGAGUUGGAGCUGCGACGCACGCGCGACAACGUGCUAAUGAACUCCGAAAAACUGGACUACAACUACCAGGUGCUGCAGCGGCGCAACGACGAGAACACUAUCAUCACGAACCAGCAGAAGCGUCGUGUGGCGCGCCUUUACGAGACGGUGGCCCGCACCAGGCGCAACUUCAAGCAGAUCUAUCACAGCGGUCGGCGCACCAUCAUGAAGCUGACCACUGAGAUCCAGCAGCUGCACGGCAGCAUCAGCGAUAUGGAAGCGAAGGCCAUGCACACACGCAACAUUAACCGGGAGAAAUUCAAUCGUGUGUGGAACAUCAACUACGAUGAGAUCACCGGCCUGCUGACGCGCAUCUUUGAGAUCGACCGCAUACUGCACGAGCAGCAGCUGGUGAUGCCGUGGAAGCGACCCAACAUCCACAUCGAUAAUAUUAACAAGCCGAUUGACAAACGCGGCUACAACGCCAUGGAUCGCGUAGAGCGUCGUUUUGGUAAGCUGCCCAAAAAGUACGGCGGCUCAGGCUUUGGGUCCGCCGGGAACGACAAUAAGCGUCGCGGCCCCAUGAAGGAGCUGCCGCCCGAGUCUGCGCGUCUCAUGCGCAACAUACUGCGCAAGCUGGCCGAUCGCGGUGGCUUCCUGAUCGAGGAGCGCUUGCUAAAGAUACUUAGGCCCUAUGCGGAGAGGGAGCAAACAAUGGUGCGCAUCGACAACAUCUUUGCCGCGCUGCGUAUUCGCAACUUGGAUCACAUUCUAGAGCUGACCAAGGUCUUUACGCCAUACACGUAUUGUCCCAACUGCCAGCCGGCAGGUCUUAGCCCCACGAAGUGUGCAGAGGUGUUUCUGAAGGAUCAGAAGGAGUCGCGCUCGCUCAAGCUGGGCGACAUAAACCUUCCGGAUCAGGCUCUGCUGAGGGGUAGACACGAUAACAAGUCAUUUCUAGUCAAGAGCCAUACCCGUUGCCAAAAGCAUUAUCUUGUCAUGGAACCAGCGCUUGUGCUGCACGCCAUGAAUAUAUACACCAAGCAAAAACACAAGCAGAUCUAUGGCAGCUCAUCGGAAAGCAGUCUGGAGACGGAGUUGAUUGCAUUCAGUGACCAGGAAAUCCAAUGCUUUUGGCGACAAUUCACCAACAUAUUUCCCGAUUCAAAGACCCAUCUCUGGAAGACACUGGAGCACGGACUAAAUCACUAUGUCGAAGUGCUCAAGAUGCGCGUCCAGUACGAUGCCGAGGUGGUCUUCCUUCGUCGUCAGAACCGCGAAUUGCGCCACCUACUACAGAAGUUCAAAGUCUAGUCUUACGAAAUACAUAUGUACAUGUGUCGACUAUGUAUUAACAUA